CUAUACUACGGGGUUUCUCUAAUACGGAGGGUUUUAUCAGAGCAGACCAAUUUCAAAACAGAAGCAGAGCAGACCUUUUUGAAGCAGCAACAAUGGCGAGCACCAAAGUUCAGAGGAUUAUGACCCAGCCUAUCAACCUGAUAUUCAGGUUUCUCCAAAGUAAAGCCCGUAUCCAGAUUUGGUUGUUUGAGCAGAAGGAUGCCAGGAUUGAAGGCCGUAUUAUUGGGUUUGACGAGUACAUGAAUUUAGUUUUAGAUGAUGCUGAAGAGGUGAACGUCAAAAAGAAGACCAGAAAAUCACUUGGGAGGAUUCUUCUGAAAGGAGACAAUAUUACUCUGAUGAUGAAUACGGGGAAAUGAGGCCCAGCUUAUAUGCAUUUGUUCAGCAGUGUUGAGAUUGUUGGUCUGAAUGCCAUUGAGAACUGUUCACCUGCCGUAAUCUGUGUAAACUUGCUCUGAUUAGUGAAUGUAGUAUCUACUUGAAGCAAUUCCCCUCGUAUAGUAAAAAUGUAGUUUGCGGAAUAUGACUACUCCGUAGUUGAUUUGAUGGAUGUCUUUGUUCGUAUUUUUGUAAUAUUUCUUAUUGUUGAGAUCGAUCCUGGCUGUGCUUUUCGUUUUUGGGUA